GAAGAAAAUAUGACCGUAACAGAGGAUUUUAGUAGAGUAGAAAAUAUGUACCGAAUGGAAGCAGAGGUCUGUAUUACAUUCAGCGAUUUCGGGAAAAUGCAGAACGUUUGCAAUCUACUCAUUGAAAAGUUAGGAGCCUCUGUUACCAUCAGCCCACCUCAUUUCUACCAUACACCAGAAGCUGUAGACACCCUUCGCCGUCAAGUGUGUGUUGCUGCUGUUGGAAACACACGGUGGAAAGCUCAGGAAGUCUGUCGACUGUUUGGCCAGUCAUUGGGAAAACCUCUACUGAUAAGAGAAGAAGAAACGAAAGAAUGGGGAGGCCACACAGACACUCACCCACCGACCUCCCCAGAUUCACUGACUCUGCAGGAAAGAAUCCAGAAUGCUACAGCUUAUGCGUCUUGUAGAGUGUUUGCUGUGUUUGAGAUAAAGGGAAAAGAAAACAGAAGAAACAAAUUGCUCUAGAAAUUUUCAAGUCCUACACUUUCUUUUAAUAAAUUUUUUAUGCUUUCUU